AUGUUGCCGCAACAAUAUUGUUUGCGGUGGAAAUACCAUCACAGCAAUCUACAGACAAUGUUUUCACAGCUCCUGGAUCGUGGCUGUUUCUGUGAUGUCACCUUGGCGUGUGAGGGUCAGCUGAUAAGGGCCCAUCGGGUGGUUUUGUGCGCCUGCAGUACAUUCUUCGAUACGGUCCUCACAAAUUAUGCCAGUGAACGGGAUCCCAUUAUUAUUAUGAAGGAUAUAUCAUUUGCCGACAUCAAAUGCUUGAUUGAAUUUAUGUACAAGGGUGAAAUUAAUGUCGAACAUGCCAACUUGGCAUCCCUACUCAAAACAGCUGAUGAUCUCAAAAUAAAAGGCCUAGCUGAGGUGACAUGGCGUGACGAUGAAGACGGCCCUCCGCCACCAACUCCACAAACGGAAUUCUAUUCUCCCACAACAUCACGUAGCCGUGAUAUGUUACCUUAUGACCACUAUGGUCAUGAAUCCACUGCAACACAUCCGCAAAGAUCUCACAGUCCCAAUGGAGGAGAACAGAGAGAGCAGAAGACACCGUCACCCAAACAUGGUACCGCCAUGAAUGCCCGGCUGCCAACACUGACACCCAUAUUAUCCUCCACUGCUACGGGCGGUGGUUCGGUGGUGGCAGCGGUUUCACCAAAUGAUGCCUAUUUGGGACCGAAACGGAAGAGGGGUCGGCCACCAUUGGAUGAUUCCUAUGAUGUUUUUAAUGUACGCAAAAUGGCCCAUUAUGCCGGCGAUCAGGGUGAUCAAGCACCCUAUAUGGAGGGAGGUUGCCCAUAUGCCGAGGAAAGAUCCAACGCACAACAACAGCAUCAGCAACAAUUACAACAUUCCCGACCCAAUUCCCCCUCGGCUGCCGAAGCCUAUCAACAUCAUGUCCAGCAGCAGAAGCAACGUUUACGCUAUAAACCCCACAAGGGUCGAGAUAAUUCCCAGCCCGACGAUGAUGCCACAAAUGAACCGGAAUGGAUUACCAGUUCAUUGGAAGCUGAACAGGCAACAAAAGAUCUCAAUCGCCAUAAUGAUCAUGAAGAUGAGGAGCAUACAAAAAACUUGGUACAUGACAGUGAAACCCUUGAAGGUGGCAUAACCAUUAAGAAGGAAAAUCCGUCAGCCGAUUCCUCACCUGAAAAUUCUCAGCAGCAGCUGCAAGAAGUUCGGCGUAAAAAUUCCAAAGAUCAAGAAUCACAAAAAUCACCCAAAACCGAACAAAGCGAUGAAUUUCUAAAUGAGGAUGUGGGAGCCGCCACAGUUCCACAAACCGUGGAGGAAAUUGAAAGCCAACAACAACAACAGCAGCAGCAACAAAAGAAUACCACAAACAAGGAGAAGUCAUCGUCAUCAUCCAAUGGUCCUAACACCACAUCCAAUUCUCCAACUUCCUCCUCGGGAUCAUCGGCAACAAAUGGAUCCUCCUCCUCUUCAGCAGCCCACAAGACAUCCUCGUCCUCAUCAAAUAACAAUACUAAUUCCCAUUCCCAUCAACAUCAUCACAGCACAUCCAACUCACCAUCGGCCUCUACAUCCACGGCCGUUGCCACUCAUCAUGGACAUCACGGAGGAGGUGGAGGAGUAACAACAGCAGCAGGCUCUGCACCCCCACCACCUCCUCCAACAUCGGCUGCUCCUCCCUCGUCUUUACAUGCCCAUCCGUCACUAGCACAUCACUAUGGCAAAUAUGUGCCCGAAGGGUAUCUCAUCAAUGAACAUGGCAUUCUAAUGACACAUGACUUCAUACAUGCUCCAACGGCGAGUAUUCCAACAUCUGCAGCUUCGACUGCUGCUUCCAAUGGUGGUGCGCAUCCCGAUGAAUAUGUUGACAUUAAAAUGGAUGAUUAUAAUGAGGCGGACUUACGUUUGACCACGGAGGAAAUGUCACAAUGGCAGGAUGUCAUUAAAAUGGAUGAUUACUUGGCCAAGGGCAGAAGGCCACAAUUUUGGGAGGAACCAUUUACGAGGAGGGUCCUCGAUGCCAUUAAAAACAAAAGACUUGAAAUGAAGAAAGCUGCACGUAUUUUAGGUGUUUCAUAUGGUACGCUCUAUGGACGUUAUCGGGAGGUCUACGGUUGUCUCAAGCAUCCAUACAGCAGCACAUCAAUGAGACCACAAAGUUCCCUAAUGCAGCAUCGAUUUGAUAUGGCCUGGCCAACACCAAAACCGGGACAAUUGGAUAUUGGUAAACUACGACCCAAAGACUUAAGUGAACUCUGGACGCGACCGCAGAUGUGAGAGAAAAUUAGCAAAACUAUGGGACGUAGUAGAACGGGGCUACAAAAAUCACAAACUCCUACAAAAUCCAAAAAAUAAGGA